AUGUCUACUUUGUGCUAUAACAAGGGCUGCGGACAGCGAUUCGACCCGGAAAACAACCCAGACGGCUGCUGCACGUAUCACCCCGGCGUUCCCGUGUUCCACGAUGCGCUGAAGGGAUGGUCCUGCUGCAAGAGACGGACCACCGACUUCUCCGACUUCCUCAGCAUCGCGGGCUGCACGAAAGGUCCCCACAACAAAGAGAAACCCCCCGAGCCGGUGAAGCCGGACGUGACCUCGUCGGCAGAGAAUAAAGACGUGGACGAGCAGAAGCCCAAAUUUAGCGAGUACAUCAUCUCCGCGCCGAAACCCCAGGAGGCCAUUUGCAGACCCAGUCCCGACGAGCCUAUGGUGAGGUUGCAGCACAAAGUGUCGUCUUCUCUCAAGCAAGCUCUGGAGAAGCUCAAGCUGAACGACAACUCACGUGCACUCCAACAAGAGGACGACAGCGGCGAGGUCAAGAUCGGAACGUCCUGCAAAAAUGGAGGAUGCACAAAAAGCUACGACGGCCCCGCCACAGACUCUGACACGUGCUUCUUCCACUCGGGAUUUCCCAUCUUCCACGAAGGGAUGAAGUACUGGAGCUGCUGCAAGAAGAAAACCUCCGACUUUAACUCCUUCCUCUCCCAAGUAGGCUGCACCAAGGGCCAGCACCUGUGGAAGAAAAAGGAUGAGGGUAAGAAGGUGGUGCCGUGUCGGUUCGACUGGCAUCAGACGGGCUCGCAGGUGAUCAUUUCCAUCUACGCCAAGAACGCCGUGCCCGAACUCAGCUACGUGGACGCCAACAGCACCACACUGAACAUUCACGUGGUGUUCGAAGGCGAAAAGAGCUUUGAGCAGAAGAUCAGCCUGUGGGGAGUGAUCGACGUGAGCCAGAGCGCCGUCAACAUGAUGGCAGCCAAGAUCGAGGUGGCCAUGAGAAAGUCGGAAGCCAUGUCGUGGGCUCGCCUGGAUCUGCCGGCGCCUGUGGCAGCGCCCGUGGGGGACCAUGAAAAGAAAUGCCAGGACGACAAUAGCAGUAGCGACGAGGAGGAGAAUGAAUGA